UAAUGUACAUCGCAGUUUUACUUUGACACUCCGCACCGGAAGUACGUUGAGUUAUCGCUGAUUUGACGCGCUUCUGUAGCCGCUAACAUUCAGACGGCUGAACCACGAGUGUCUUCAUCUUGGAAAUAAUCGAUAAAAUAAGGGAAUAUUUCAGUUUUGGAUAACAACUUGUCGUCGCGUCUGCUUGCUGCUCCACAAUGCCGUCCGCUGUUUGCUCAGCUGGAGGAUUCUCGUGGUGAAAAAUAAAAGGUUGAUCCGUCACCUCCCCAGAUGUGGCCGCUACCUCUGCUGAGACUCCUGUUCAUGAACGGCGAGGGCGCUUUGAUCGAGCGACUGUGGCUCGGACUGGAGGGAUGACAGGACGUUAACAGACAUGGAGACAGGGGAGACGCACAGACAGCUGGAAACGCCAUAUUCACUUAGUCUAGACUCUCCACGUUAAAUCCCCUCAGGACAAGAGUAAAGCCUAUUUUUUUAUAUUUUUUAUUCAGAGCUGUUUUUGUUAGUUAUCGUGAAGCCAUACUCAGCUGACAGCGCCGGACGUCAGGAUGAGCUCGGAGGGGUUUCAGUACCGAGCGCUGUACGACUACAAGAAGGAGAGGGAGGAGGACAUCGACUUGCACGUGGGAGACAUGCUGCUGGUCAGUAAAGGAGCGCUGCUGGCUCUCGGCUGCGGCGGCGGAGCCGAAGAGCGGCCGUCGGAGAUCGGAUGGCUGCCCGGCUUCAACGAGACCACACAGGAAAAAGGCGACUUCCCGGGGACGUACGUGGAGUUUGUCGGCAGAAAGAGGAUGUCCCCGCCCACACCGAAACCCCGCCCACCCAGACCACCAUCGGCGGCGUCGGCGAGGACGGACUCAGAGUCCGAGGGCUUCAUGUUGCCGGACCUCCCAGAGCAGUUCGGACCCCCGGACACCGCCCCCCCCCUCCUCAGCAGACUGAUGGAGGCCGUAGAGAGCAAAGGUCUGGACAGUCCCGGCGUGUAUCGCAGUGUGAAUGGAGGAGGUGUGGACACCCGGCAGCUGGCCGACACCGACCUAGAGCAGCUGGAGGUGUCGUCCGUGUGUGACGGGGUGGUUCGGUUCCUGCUGGACCUCCCUGGUCCCGUCCUCCCCUCCACGCUGCAGGCCGACAUGAUCCACGCAGUACAAGAAGUCCGAGACCCAGAGGACUGCGCCCAGGUGCUACGAGGUGUGGCGAGCUCGCCGGCCUGCCCGGCCCAGUACGGCCUGACUCUGCUCAGCGUGGUCCGACACCUCGCCCGACUCUGUUUGCACGGUUCCAGAAACCAGCUGAGCCCCCGAAACCUGGCGGAGAGCUUCAGUCCACUGCUGUUCAGACAGACUGCAGGGUCUGAGUCCGGUUUGGAUCCUCUGGUUCAGGUCCUGGAGGUUCUGAUAACCAGCGAGCUCAACAUGAACCAGGCUGCACCAGCUUUACCUCCUAAACCAGUGAAGUCGUCGACUCCUGCAGCUUCCAGUAGUUUUAACAACAGUAUGGCUCUGCAGGACGCCGAGUGGUACUGGGGAGACAUUUCCAGAGAGGAGGUGAACGAGAAGCUGAGAGACACAGCUGACGGUACAUUUCUGGUCCGAGACGCCUCCACCAAGAUGCACGGAGAUUACACUCUGACUCUGAGGAAAGGAGGCAACAACAAACUGAUAAAGAUUUUCCAUCGGGAGGGGAAGUACGGCUUCUCCGACCCGCUGACCUUCAGCUCGGUGGUGGAGCUGAUCAACCAUUACCGCCACGAGUCUCUGGCCCAGUACAACCCCAAACUGGACGUCAAGCUGCUCUACCCGGUCUCCAAGCACCAGCAGGACCAGGUGGUGAAGGAGGACAGUAUUGAAGCCGUGGGGAAGAAGCUCCACGAGUAUCACCUGCAGUACCAGGAGAAGAACCGAGAGUACGACCGGCUGUAUGAAGAGUACACCAGGACGUCGCAGGAGAUCCAGAUGAAGAGGACGGCCAUCGAGGCGUUCAACGAGACCAUCAAGAUCUUCGAGGAGCAGUGUCAGACUCAGGAGCGCUUCAGCAAAGAGUACAUCGAGAAGUUUCGCCGGGAGGGCAACGACAAGGAGAUCCAGAGGAUCAUGGAGAACUACGACAAGCUGAAGUCUCGCAUCAGUGAGAUCGUGGACAGCAAGCGCCACCUGGAGGUGGAUCUGAAGAAACAGGCCGCCGACUACAGAGAGAUCGACAAGAAGAUGAACAGCAUCAAACCAGACCUGAUCCAGCUCCGCAAGACCAGGGACCAGUACCUCAUGUGGUUGACACAGAAGGGAGUCCGUCAGAGGAAACUGAACGAGUGGCUCGGUCUGAAGAACGAAACCACAGAGGACGAGUACAGUAUGGUGGAGGAUGAGGAGGACCUUCCUCACCACGACGAGCGGCUCUGGCGUCUGGGAAACAUCAACCGCAGUCAGGCGGAGUCUCUGCUCCGAGGGAAGCGAGACGGCACCUUCCUGGUCCGAGACAGCAGCAAACCGGGCUGCUACGCCUGCUCCGUGGUGGUGGACGGAGAGGUGAAACACUGCGUCAUCAACAAGACGAGCACCGGUUACGGUUUCGCGGAGCCCUACAACCUGUACGGAUCCCUGAAGGAGCUGGUGCUGCACUACCAGCACACCUCGCUGGUCCAACACAACGACUCGCUCAACGUCACGCUGGCCUUCCCCGUCUACAGCCAGCAGCGACGGUGACCCGCCCACUUCCUCCUCAUUUAUACCGCCAUCGCAGACCAGCGGCCUGACCUCGUUUACACACCCGACCCGCCACCCCUCCCCCCCAGAACACGAGCCGGUUAGUCCGACACGCCUCACCAAACCUACGGGAGGGAAGUCAACACCCCCCUUGUCUCUCCUCGCAGACCAGUACCUGACCACUCGAUGCUUUUCGCUCUGAACACGUCGCGUUUAAAGCUCGGCGUGAGAAGCCGGCUCGAUGACGACAGACGUCAAGCUGCACUUUGUUUAACUGACAAUAAAAAAGAAUCAGUCCUGGUGCUGGGUUCCUAAGCUUCACUAAGGUAAGACACAUGCUACGAGGAGUGAAAUAAAACGAACCAGGAGGUAACGAGGGGUCAGUACAGAAGGUCGUCUUAAAUCUGGCACCUGGCACCUCGACUGUGACGAGUCUGGCUCUUCCUCACCUGGAGGAUUCUGUGCAGCAGGUACAAACCAGAUACAGUAAAACUAUAUGGAUCCUUCAAAAAAAGGAUCAUAUGAAGGAACAGAAACAUGAGAGGAGGAUGUUGCCGAUCACGAUGAUCUGUGGCUGCAAACAAAAACAUAAAGAUGUUUCUGUCAAAGGUCUCUUUACUGAAAUGUCACUAUUCAGUAAAUUUACCUUCAGUGUGAUGACUCAUCAUUUAUUCUCCCACUCACCUGUCUGAGCUCAGGUGUGACUGGGUAUCGUUUGAAUUUUAUUUUAACACAACAGCAAAGUGUUUUAGUAAUGAUACCACAGCUGUUCUUUUUUUAAUUUUUCCUCACGUUGAGAAAUUUUAACGUUUUUCUACAAAAUCCCUUUUUGCAGCGUUUUCAAAUGUUCAGACUGAAACUGGAGAAUUUAAAUCAGGAACACGAGUUCAUGGAUCUGAGCAGGUCCGCGGCUUGAGACUCGUUUCUUUGUUCAAGUGAAGCCGAUGAUUCGGUUCAGUCAUGCGAUGCGUUGCGGACCGGUCCUCACAGCUGAGGCUCUGAUUGGUUCUCAGGAUGUCUGAACGUCAAACAUUAGAGAGCAACAAGACACAAAAGUCCACUUCCUUGACUCGGACUCUCCAGGUCCCGUUUUAUAGAAAUGAUUAUAAAAUGAUAGAAUUCAGUAAUUCUGUCACGUGAUGUGACUGAAACAGGGUGUCUCGUUGUUUUCCCCUGAACGUCUCUGAGGGUUGGAGUUCGUUACCAUCGUGGCCUCCAGGUCCAAAGUUUGAAACAAGUCCCGUGUGAUUUUCCGGUUUACUGUCUGUGGAGAAACGAGGUACUGUACGGAGGUCGGAGGUCGGAGCUGGUCUGGACUGAACUAAUGACUCCUCCUUUAAUCACAGCACUGAACUGCUGGUCCAGCGCGCUUCAACAGAACAGAACCACAGCUGGACCGGUCUCUGAAGCUACAUUUGUGGACCAAUGAUGAUGAUGAUGAUGAUGAUGAUGAUGAUGAUGAUGAUGAUGAUGAUGAUGAUGAUGAUGUCAGAUGCAAAAUGACGGACAAUCCCGAGAGAGACUUCUUGCAACCACUGUGAGUGACUCUGAACGAGGUUUAAAAUGAGGGCGAAUCAGCUGAUCCGCAUUUCAUAUCAGGAGAAAAACCUGCAUCCCGAGCUCAUCCAAAGCCCCCUCCCCCCCCCAAAACCCCACCAUCAGUGUUUUCCAGGUUCCUGUUUCUUCAGGUCUCGUUUGGACGUUUGGAGUCGUAGUUUUUGGCGGCUGGUUUAGUUUUUGUAGAACUGACGGAUGAGUCCUUUUUGUUCUUUCAUUUCAAUAAACGUCCGUCGGACACAAAGAUCCUGCUGGAUCAAGACUGCGAGUCAGGAAUGACAAGAACUGGAUCUCAUUUUGCAUCCAAACACUUCUGGAUUUAUCCGGACGCCUCGUGGUCGACACGACGCUCGGCUGAUUUUACAACAUUUUGUCUUUAUGGAUUAUUUUUCCUUUUUGUGCAUAAAGACACUCGACUUCUUCUAAGAGGCGCCAGGUACAGGAGAGGAAACUGUCUACAACAAUUUGAGGGAGUCUGUAGUCAUGGUAACCACCUGGUCGUGACCUCACAGCACACAUUACAAAAUGUUUGGAAAUGUCCUGAAUUUUUCAAAUUCUGGUGUUUUUUUUGUUUUCUUUUGUUUUGUUUUAUUUUUCUGAGUAUUGUCUGUGACAGCUGGUAGAUUCUGUGCGGGAGGAGCAACUCAAAACACAAUUAAAACUGACAACAACCUGUAACAUUAGACAAUAAGAAGUCAUGAAAAGUUAAUUGUUUAGGAUAUUAUUAAUAAAGCAGUUGGUCUGAUCAUCUCAAGGCCUUUAUACUGUAAUACUGAAA